AUGCGUAUCGCAACUGGAGAUCCGAAGAGCGCCUUCCUUGGUUAUGCAGACAACCCCGAGGCCACCAAGAAGAAGAUCCUUACCGAUGUGUUUGCCAAAGGCGACGCCUUCUUCCGCUCCGGAGAUCUUCUGAGUCUAGACAAAGAUGGUGAGCGCGGUAUGCAACGAUGCGCGAAGCAUGCUAGUGAAGCUGACAACCUCCGCUCGCCUGCGCCAUCAGGAUUCUACUGGUUUGGUGACCGCAUCGGAGACACUUUCCGUUGGCGUUCUGAGAACGUCUCCACUGCAGAGGUGGCCACUGCUUUGGGAGAGGUGAUCGACGAAGCGAACGUCUACGGUGUCCUGGUACCCAACCACGAUGGACGUGCAGGAUGCGCGGCUGUGCCCAAGAACAUUGCAGCAACAAUGGAUCUGGCUAAACUUGCGCAGCACGCCAAGAAGCGUCUUCCAAAGUACGCUGUGCCGCUCUUCAUCCGAGUGGUGCCCACCACGGAGAGCACUGGUACUGUCAAGCAGCUCAAGGUGGCGCUCAGAAACGAAGGUAUCGAACACGAAAAAUGCGGCAGCGACCCACUCUAUUGGCUGCCGCCGUCUGCUGAUGCCUACGUCCCCUUCAAGAAGUCGGACUUCGAAGCCAUCGCUGCGGGCAAGAUCAAGCUCUGA